CACACCGCACGCGGAGACGGUCGGUGGGUAAGUGUGAAUCAAUCCAGUUUGCGCAGCCGCAGGGCUUUGCUGGCAUCGUUCUGGGCACAAAGUGCAGGGACCCGGAUUACACAAACACCCCACCGACGUGGGUGGAUAACGUGCCGAGCUUAGAGCAAACUCCCCAGGGGCAUCGGCGUUCGGGUAGUAAGCACUACCACUCAUGGUUGCACUUUGUGAGUGAGCUCGUCAACAGAUGUCGGCAUUGUCCGACGCAUCUGAUGUGCGCCGAUGCUCUAACAAGGCCAGUAUCGGGCGAGGUCCUCUUGAUGAUGUUGGAUGGUGCUCGUAGUGGUACUAACCCGACUACAGGCGCGGGCCAUAGUUUUCCUUCCGCAAUGAAUUCCCUUACAGGUGCGCGGAGAUCGCGGAGCUCGUCGCUAAGCGGAGAAGGUCAGCGGACGAGGAAACGAAGCAAGAGCACCGAAGAAAACGGUGAAGAAGGGGGCAAAGAAGAAGGGAAGAAGAAGAAAAGGGCUACUUUUAGCAACCGAGUAACGCUUAUUCUACCUUCUUGGAACUAG